AUUGAAAUCUGAAAAAAAAUGCACAAAAUUGGAAAUUAACAGCCAUGGGCAAUAUAUGCUGCUCCCCUUGAAGACAAUGGUAAAACUCCCAUUGAUGUCAUCAUGUCCCAUGAAAAGAUAAAGGUAAUUCAGGAACGAGGUUACCAGACUUGGUGGAGCCUUUGAUAUGCCAACUUUAACUAUUAGGGAUUAUUAGGAGGAGACCUACUGGAGGAGGUGGGGGAGUAAUUAUCCCACAUCUGCUUAAUGCGGGGUUUCUCAUCCUUUCCUCUGAAGCAUCUUGUACUGACCACUAUCAGACACAGGAUACUAGACUACAGGGACCAUAGGUCUGAUCCACUCUGGCAAUUUCCAUGUUCCUCUAUGUGUAUGUGGACUGGAUAAGACUCAUCUCCCCCUCUUUUUAAAACCAUGUCACUGGGUGAGCUUGGCCAAUAAGGAGCGAAGGGAGGCCCAGUCAACCAGUUGGCCUGUACCUGAAUCUGAUGAUGAAGGCUUAUGUGAUGGCACUCAAGAAGCAGCACCUACAAAAGAGGCCUACAGAUGGCUGCAGAAGAGGCUCAACAAAUUUGGCAGCCUUACUGCUGACCCCCAAGUCCAUUUGCACCGUCCAAGCUGCAAAGUAGGUGCACUGCACUAAAGAGCUACUGUACAAACCCCAGAGUACAUGACAUUACAUUCAGAUACACACACCUAUGUGUUUACUCAAGUGUGUGGUGGCUAGAAAUGGUUUUUUCUUUUAAAAAAAACAAACGUCGCAAUUAAACUCAGUGCAAAAAUGUGAUUGUAAUGUUAUAUUUGAGAAUGGACCUGUCUGAUUUUUCAGCCCCCCGAGAGGCAUGCAUAGGUGCACACACAAAUUCCCAUUCUGUGCAUGCAUGUGGCGAGUCUGGCUUAUAUUUAUCCAGGCACGUGCUCAAAGGAGGGAUUUGCUUGUGUACAAAUCCAGACAUACCUCGUGGCUGAAAGUCAGGCUCUUACAGCCUAAAUCCAGAUUCCAUCAAAAUUCUCACUGGACAGCAGUAUGACCAGCAUUUGACCCUAAAUGCAAAGAGGUUUUGAAACAGAAAGCUACAGUUCCCAUAGUAAGUGUAUGUGUAUCCUAUUGCACACAUUUAAUAUAAGGCAGAAAAUAUGUGCAACAAUAUUAAACAUAACAUACAUACAAUUUGGUGAGUUGAUUGAUAUGGGGCAUGUAACAGAGAGUCCAAUCCUGCAUUCCUUGUGCAACCAAAACUCACAUUCAAAUCCACGUGGGUUGGGUGUGCGAGGAAUGCAGGAUUGUGCCCACUGUGGCACAGACUCCACUCUUGUUCUGAGACCUUUGAGUAAUCAGAGUUGCUCCGUAUAAAGUACGGGAGAUCAGAUUCAAUGAAAAAGCCAGGCUCCAAGCAAGUCAGUCAUGAAAUAGUUAUCUGUAAUGGCUUCCUCAUUUGGACUUGGUAACCCUUGGAAAGUCCCUGGAAUGAUGUUUCCAACCUAACAAUUAAAAAAGGUUUAAUUAUAGAGAGGCUCAGAGCUCUGGGAACAAGCACCAUCCACAGAGCCAGUAAACAACUGCAGAAAAUAACAUGUUCAAGCUGCUCUCUCUGCUGGUUGCUUUUCAAUUCUGGCAAAAAACUAAACAAAAAUGUAUCUAGAAAGAGAAGGAAAAUAAGUGGAACUAGGGUUCUAUCCUUAAAUACAGAAUAAAAAAGGAAAUAUGGAAGGGACAGACUCUGUGGGUGUUUGCUCUUGAUUCGUUAUUUUGGCUGUUCUUGGAUAUCGAAGGCGGGGAAAGUCAGGAAGACAAGUUUAAAGCCCAGUUCCUGAGACUGAAGCAAACAGAAGAGGAAGUGGGAACAGGGAUCGUUUGUUUUAAACGCGCUCUUAGCUGGGCUUGCAUUCUGGACUCUGCAGUUAGGGUUUCAGUUCUCCUUGGAAGUCUGGGCUAUGUGAGGAAGCAGAAUAUUCAGUACAAUAAUGAGAUGCAUUUUAAGAAGGAGUUUAUAGUUCAAGUCUCAGUCUGGAUGGAUUAAUAACAAGGGGCCAAAUCCCACAGGCCUUCCUCUGGCAAUACUCUCACUCCCGCUAACUUCAGUCAGAGUUUUGCCUGAGUAAGGACUGCAGGUUUUGACCCAACAAGUUUCACAUUUAAGGAGCCCCACAUUAGAAGCCUUGAAACAAGCUUGUUACAAAGAAACCACUCCCCCCUCCUUCCAUCAAUAUCAGUAUACAUAAUUCUUUGUGUACUAAAAUCUGGAACAGAUUAUUUGCUAAGAAACUUUGCUCCUCCCCACACCCCCAAGCUUUAUUAUUUCAAAUUGCUAAAAAGUGCCCUUUGGGGACUGGGGUAAGAGUGGAGAGCAAAGGCAGAAAUUAGAGAACACCACUCUAAGAACUAAACACAUUUUAAUUAUUUAAAUUAAUAUGGAUGUGAGUUAUUUCCUUUAGCAGAGCCUGCCAGGUUUCAAUCAAAAUUGGAAAAAGGCCGUAAGACUAAGGGGGUGGGAGAUGUGAAUCAACUUGAAGACAGUCAGCUUCCAAAAAUGCAAAGACAGCAGCAAUGUUAAAAAUGGAUUCAAUCAAUUUAAAUCAAAGUAGACAAAUUCAAGCCAGCCCAAACUGGAAAUAACUCUUUAUAGUUGUAAAAUGCAACGCACAGCUCAGCUGCAGCCCUUAAAGCUUAAACAAGUAAAGUCUAAAGUUUGUGUGCGCUCUGAUAUUUUAUUUUACAUUGAUUAAAUAAAUUCCUGUUAAAAUUUGUCAGGAGGAGAGCCAGCCGGAUUCAUACUCUAAUUUUGCCUUUCUAAAGAAACGUGCUUAUAAUUAGGUGACCUAAUUAUAUUGCAAUGGAAAAUGCACUAAACACACACAUUGUUUCAUAACAGAUCGAGGAGUUAAAAGUGUUAUGGAAUAAACAUCUGAGGGCUGGAGUGGGUGACACUUACUGUAAAAAGGACGAGGAGGUGACAAAGGACAAAUGGAAAUAUGUAGGAAAGAAAUUAAGAGUUUAAUAUUUCCACUUCAGUCUAGUCUUCCAUUUCAGAACUUCAGAGGGGCAGAGGGGAAACUGAUCAGCUUUUGCAAACGUGUUGCUUUCCUGAUGCAAACAGCAGAUAAACAAGUUUAUGGGUUGUUUUUUUAGUCAGUCUGUCAUGUUUCAAUCCAUGUGCCCUGCUCCUUUGUCAUCCCGCCAAAAGAAGAAAAAAAUUAAUAACAAGAGUGAAAUGAAACCUGCAUGGACUGAAAAACCAUCUGUUCCAUUCAAAGAGGGGAAGGGCGGGGAGCACAGAAUGCAACGGGUACUCAUGCAGAAAGCGCACCCCAUGCAAACACACCAAAUAGUACUCCAGCUUUCGAUGAAGCAAAGGGGGGAAAUCGAGAGGGCCUCUUGUUUUUUGUCAGUGUCACUUGCUAUCUGAUCGCCUUCGCAGACACCAUCUUAAAUAAAAAUCUGCGAAUGUGUUGGUCAGGCAGAAGAAAAGCUAAGCAGCUGAAAACUGGGCCCCUGUUUUACUGAUGAAAUAGAUCUCCUUGGGGAAAAAAAAUCUCCAACACGUAAGCAUGCAACUGGUGUCCAGCAGAGAGGAAAAAGCUUCAAUCGAAAAAAGCAAACGUUACGACCUAGUUCACAGAAUCAAUAUCAUGCAAACAAACACAAACAGUCCUUCCUCUUUAGUUUCACGGUAAUUACAGCUGGGAGAAAUUUCGGAAAAUGAGUCUCUGCAAAGAUCAGUUUUGUUUUGUUUUUCUGCUACCCCCGACCCGACCACAACUACGCAUCUACUCUUGCGCGCACACCCUGCCUGCCUUUACAAACAGCUAAAGUUGCCGUUUCUUUCCUGCACACGAGAAGGAAAGCGGGGAAACUACCUGGGGGCGGGGGAUCUGGGCACUCGCAGAGCCUGCUGCAAGACACAGCUCCCGCCCGGGCCGUUUUGCAGAAGUUCAGUGCAAGCUGAGCUGGGGGGGGAAGCAGCCCAGAGUGGGUGCAGCGAGUGAUGUCACCACCCAUUGCAUAAUUCCAGCACUCACAAAGGAGCGCGGGCCCUUCCCCCUCCUCCUAAUCACAACCAAGUUGCACAUGCACGUCGGGUGGGGGGGGAGGGGAGCUUUGAAAAACUUUCCUCCUCGUACCCAGAGCCCAGCGCAGCCUCCGAACGGGCUUUGCCUCCCCUCCCCCUCCCCCUCCCUCCUCUUGAAAGUUUUCUCGGGCCCGGCCGGCGGGGUGAGUCAAGCGCGCUGUCAAUCAUCUCCCUCCUCCUCCUCCUUCCCCGGCUGGCAAGGGGCCGCGAGCUCCUCCCCGGGCCGGGCCGGGAGCUUGCAAACUUUAUAAAUUGAGUUUAGGCAGCGCGGUGGGGGAAAGCGAGCGGCCGGCCGGAGGCAGAGCGCGGCGUGGCGGCAGAGCAGGGGGGGAAGGACGCGGAGCAGGGCGCCGGAGGCUGUGCCUGACUUCCCACCCUGUGAUCCCUUGCGCCGGGCUCGUGCUGCUCUGCCGCCCUCCGGCCAUCGCCCACCAUGUCCACGGCGCUAGUGUCCCCGACCAUCUUCGACCUGAGCGAAGUUCUGUGCAAGAGUAACAAGAUGUUGAACUACAGCCCUUCAGGUGUUGGAGGGUGUCUGUUGGAUAGGAAGGCAGUGGGCACCCCAGCUGGCGGGGGUUUCCCCAGGAGGCACUCGGUCACCUUGCCCAACUCCAAGUUUCACCAGAACCAGCUCCUAAGCAGCCUCAAGGGGGAGCCGGCCCCUGUACUGGGUCCCAGGGAAAGCCGUUUUCGGGACCGCUCCUUCUCCGAAGGUGGCGAGCGCCUGCUACAGCAGAAGCAGCCCGGGGGACAAAUCAACUCGAGCCGCUACAAGACAGAGCUGUGCCGCCCCUUCGAGGAGAACGGUGCCUGCAAAUACGGUGACAAGUGCCAGUUUGCCCACGGCAUCCAUGAGCUGCGGAGCCUAACCCGCCACCCCAAGUACAAGACGGAGCUGUGUCGCACUUUCCAUACCAUCGGCUUCUGCCCUUAUGGGCCUCGUUGUCACUUCAUCCACAAUGCCGAGGAGCGCCGUGCUGUGGCUGGGGGCCGGGACCCCACCAUCGCUGACAGACCCCGUCUCCAACACAGCUUCAGCUUUGCUGGCUUCCCCAGUGCCGCUGCCAAUGGGCUGCUGGACAGCCCCACUUCAGUCACCCCACCACCCAUGCUGAGCGCUGAUGACCUUCUGGGCUCGCCCACCUUGCCAGAUUGUGCCAGCAACCCCUUCACUUUCUCCAGCCAGGAGCUGGCCACUCUCUUUGCCCCCAGCAUAGGGGUGCAGGUGUCCAGUGGGGGUUCACCCACUGCUUUCCUCUUCAGGCCCAUGUCUGAGUCCCCCAACAUGUUUGACUCACCCCCCAGUCCUCAGGACUCCCUCUCUGAUCAGGAAGGCUAUCUGAGCAGCUCCAGCAGCAGCCACAGUGGCUCAGAUUCACCCAUCCUGGAUAACUCGAGACGUCUUCCCAUCUUCAGCAGACUCUCCAUCUCUGAUGACUAAACUGGGGUUUCCUCUUGCCCUCCUCCCACCUUUAUUACAAUGUUAAGCUGAACCCCCCACCCCCCUUAAUGCCCCCCAAUCUAAGGGUUAGAUGUUAACAUAAAGGCUGUCCACUUGCCUGUAGCUGACUCACUGGCUUACACCUUAAGUGCCAAAUUACAGUAAAAAGCAAUAACCGUUUACAAAAUUAGUGCCUUUGAACAUUUUCACUGUGACUGUAUUACCUCUCUGGCUGCAGAGGGCACCAGCAGCCUCCUUAAAGCUCUGUGCACUUCCAGAUGUGCAGGGAAUGUCCAGAACCAACUGCUCCCUCCACUGGCCACAAUAAUGCAUUGUUCCUUCUCCCCUCCCUUCCCAUUGGCCAGUUUCUGCUAGACUUAUGGCAUGUGGACAGCGCUUAACAUCCAACCCUUUUCCUCUUUAAAGACUAAUCUUGCCUGGGUCUGCUCAGGUCUGCAGGAAGAAAAGCUGAGAAUGGACAAAGAUUGUAACAUGAGUGGAACUUGUGAUUGGGGGAAAAAGCCAGAUGGACUAUGAAAGACUUGAUUUUGGUGCUAAAAGUUCCCCAUGUAUACAUGUGACAUCUUUACAAACAAUAAAUAAAACUAGAGGGGGUGGGCAAAUGGAAUUCAUUCCACACACGCAAGUUCCGUGUAUUCCAAGUUCCAGUAGACAUAGCUUUAAUGGUUUUGCUCUAGAGUACAUUAGAUCUAUCUUAGAGCACUCACGCCAAGCUUUUUAUUAUUUUUUUCUGGGUUUUUAAUUUUGUAUAACUUUUCAGAAAUUGGAGAGCAAAUUUUGCUUGUCACUGCACAACAAUAUAAAAAAAGCUUAUUUAACUUAUCAAAACGUAUUUAUUGCCGAAACCUAUGCUUUUUGUUAAUUUUGUUCAUAUUUAUCGGGAUGAUGAAUCCAUAGAAUAUAUUCUUUUAUGUUUAAAUUAUGAUCUUCCAUAUUAAUCUUAAGAUUGUGAAGUGUCUUUUUUCCUUUUUUCCCCCCACAGUUUAAUAUAUUAUACUACAAUGACAUUUUUGUAACUUUACACUUUUUUGGUUAUUUUAUUUUAAAAAAUGAAAAAUUAAUUUAAAAAAAUGCAAAAACUGUGUUUGGAUUAUUUAUUUUAGAAUUUCCCCUCUUUUUUUGUGUUGGACUGCAAAUUGAGUUAAUGUGUGCUCCUUUGCCUUUUCUCUUCCUCCUCCUCUUCCUCCUUCCCCUCCCCCCUAGGUCAUACACACCUGGGCUUUAGAAUGUAUGUGUAUAAGCUCUGUUGUGAGACAGUAUGGAAGGAAGACAUUUUACUUCCUUUUUUUUUGAUAGCUUCUUAAAGGAGACAAAAGCCUUUGGCUUAAAGUGCCUAUUUGAAGACAUUCCAAAUGCAGUUUGUCUUUGCCUUUCUGUAUUCCAAGUUUGGAGUUUUCCUUGUUGAGGUGAACGGGACUGGCACAAAGAAAACAAUGAAUGUAAUUUUUUCCCCCUGUUACUGUUCACUACAUUGCUUUUUUUCUCUGAGUUUAUUUAAAAGAAUCUCUUUUGUAACGACUGUUUGCAGUUUAAAUCAAUAAACCCCAAGUUUUUUCAAGAAA